AUGGUGGGGAAUCUGCAUUUGUGGGGCUUCAAGGGGAAGCCCAACUUGGUCUCGCCCGAAAGUAUAGCGCUUUUCUGGCUUUUGAGCAGUCAGAAAUGUAACAAAAAGAUAUGCAUAGUGUUCUCGAACAACACGGAUCUGUCCCCUAACGGAGAGCUUCCGGUGCUAAUAGAGGAGGGCCAGAGCAUAUACGGGUACGGGAACAUAGCCCAGUACCUCUUUGAGCAAGAAAGCGCACUAGAAACGGCCCUGCUGGAAUUCGCGCAGACCCAGAUCUGCGCUUUGACACAGUACCAGCUGUAUCUUGAGCGAGAGAACUACGAGCAGUUCACGCGCAAAGUUUUCGCACAUCUGUUGCAAUGGCCGUAUUGGUACAACACGCCACUGCGGUACCGAGCUCUGGCGCGUAAGAAAUGCGAAAAGCUCAAAUAUCUGAGUCACCCAGACGACGAGGAGAGCGACGAAAACGUUGCCGUUGAGGAGAUGACCCAAUCUUCCGUCUUGAAACUUUCGAGUCGUGCCAAGUCACGUGGCCGCGAAUUGCUCGCCGACACACGUCACAGUGUCCAGUAUCUGUCAGAGCUGGGCGAGCAACUCAAGACGUGGCUUGAGGCUCGCGGUCGUCUGAACAAAGAAGUAAUUGCAGCCGAUUUUCUAUUAUGGGCGAACCUGCACGUACAGCUUACCCUACCACGUGGCCAGCGAAUCGGUGACUAUCUUCACGAAUUUUUGGGUGCAGAGGCAUACCAGGAAAUCCAGGAACAGCUCCGAAGAUGUGACAAGCUGGCAUGCAGUCUCGAUCAAAGACCGCCAAAUUUUGCAGAAAACGGCAAUCCGCUCAUGUCCACAUACGCUGCUGUGCAGAAAGUGUGGUCCCUUUACGUCGUCUAA